CAAUGGUUUGAUGUAAAGGAAAUUUCACUGAAUUCAAAUGUGCUUAAAAUAGUUGGCCCUAAAUUUCCUCAAGUUGAAAAAGCUCUUGAAAUGUGGGUUAGUACUGCUGAACAGCAACAGCUCACACUUACUGUUAGAAUAGGUCUUCGAAAUCAUCAUAUUCAUGGAGAGUCAGAAAGUGCUCCUAUUGAUCUUCUUCCACAAUUUCGAGAAGAGCUUCAAAAUAUUUUGAAAGCACGUAUUACUUCCUACAAUCAACUACCUAAAUUUCUUGGCAGUCUCCAAAAUAGGUUUAGAAUUCAAGAAAGAAAAAUUUUACUGCUUGUUGACAAUGCUACCUCACAUGCUAUCGACAAUUCUGAAGAGUAUCCAAAUAUUUGUUUACAUUUUCUCCUUGCCAAUACUACUGCGCACUUGCAGCCAAUAGAUGCUGGCAUUAUCAAUGCAUUCAAAGCUCAUUAUAAACGCCUUUAUAUACGUCAAGUGAUUAAUGAUUUUGAUGAAAGUGUUGAAGAACCAGAAAAAAUUGAUGUCCUUCAGGCAAUGAGACUAGUAAAAAGUGCGUGGGAUGAAAUAAAAGUAAAGUUAGCAGCUAAUGAAGACUUAGCGAUUCAAGAAGUUCAUAUUUCUGAAAUUGUUACUGCACAAUGUGAGACCCAAGAAAUAAUUAACCUAACUGAUAGCUCUAAUAUCCAAUAA